CUGUUUAAGGCCCGUAGACGAUAAUCCCAACAGCGUCUUCUGUUCAUUUCAUUCUUCUUGGUUCGCAUUACAAGCUUUAGCGCCAAAAUUCAACUUUGGUUCCUAUCUGAAAUUCCACGCAUUCCUCGUUCUGCAUUCCAAUUUCUUUUAAAAUUUACAUUUUCAAAUUCUUUUUCCAGCUUAAAGUGUAAAGAAUUUAAAACUAUCACUCAGUUCUCGCUCGCGAUUCUCUCACUCUCCGUUCGACGCUCGCUAUCCUCGCUACGACUCUCUCUCUCUCUCUCUCUCUCUCUCUCGCAGGCGCGGUGGUUCAGAGAGUCUCUCAUCUCUGCAAUUUAGUUAUUUCAAUUCUUCCCUUAGACAUGUAUGGUUAAUAUUGGACAGCUGAAAUGAGAUGCAAUGCAUGUUGGCGAGAAGUAGAAGGGCGAGCCAUUUCCACAACUUGUGGUCACCUAUUAUGCACAGAUGAUGCCAAUAAGAUAUUAAGCAAUGAUGGAGCAUGUCCUAUUUGUGAUCAAGUCCUUUCAAAGAGUCUCAUGAAACCUGUGGAUGUCAAUCCCAAUGAUGAAUGGGUCAAUAUGGCCAUGGCAGGAGUAUCUCCACAGAUAUUGAUGAAGAGUGCAUAUAGAAGUGUGAUGUUCUACAUGGGGCAAAAAGAACUGGAGAUACAGUUUAAGAUGAACAAGAUUGUUGCUCAAUGCCGGCAGAAAUGUGAGACGAUGCAAGAGAAGUUUACAGAAAAACUAGAGCAGGUACAUACUGCUUACCAAAAGAUGGCCAAGAAGUGCCAGAUGAUGCAACAGGAAAUUGAGAGCAUAACCAAGGACAAUCAAGAACUUCAGGAAAAAUUUGCUGAAAAAUCCAGGCAGAAGAGAAAAUUGGAUGAAAUGUAUGAUCAGCUGAGGAAUGAGUAUGACUCAGUGAAGCGAUUUGCCAUACAGCCUGCAAACAACUUUUAUGCCAGAAAUGAGCAUGAUUUGUUCUCAAACCCACCUAAUAUAAUGGAUGACAGAGAAAUGGGCAGAAAAGGUGGGCUGGUAUUCACUCCUGCCACUCCAGGACCAAGAGAGGAUGUGUGGCCAGCAAGGCAGAAUAGCAACAACUCUGGUCACUUUGAUCUCUCCGUCGGCUCACCGGCAAAACAAACAGUCAUUGCAGGGGAUGCUGGGAACAGAAGGGCUGGUGCUCAUCCUGUUUUUGGACCUGGUGCUACUAAUAACCCAUCCAUGACUUUGAGGAACUUGAUACUGUCUCCAAUCAAGCGGCCUCAGCUCUCACGUAACCGCCCCCAACUAUUCACGUUGUAGGCACAAAAAGGAGGCUAACCUUCUAUAAUAUCAGUUAAGCUAGUUUCUUGUUUGGUUCUACUUCUGGCUUUAGUUUCCCUUUUUCUUUAAAUUUUUUGAUCUCUUGGUUUUCAUUUGGCAGAGAAAAACGAAUCUAAAGUUUGCACAAAUCAAUUUGUAGUCCGCAUAAUGUGCAUGAUAUUUUAAACUUCCGUUUCUAUUUCUGACCUUCAAACUCCUAUAGAUGAAGAGCUGCUAACAUGAACAAUUUAUAUAUCAUUUUGGUUCCCUAGCUUCAAUCUGUAGAUAGAUAAUUCCCAGCGUAUUAUACGGUGAUUAGAGAAAACUCAAGUGAAGCCACAGCCCCAUUUGGUUUCUUGUAGCAAAGAAUGAAAGCAUGUUCUUUAGCAUUUUUAACAUGAACAUUUUGAACUUUUAAAAAUGCUAUUUGUUCACAUUGUUGGAAGACUUGUAUGUCACAUGAUAACAUGUAUAUUGUCGAUCAA